ACGGUGUCUUUGUCGAGUCGACAUCAUCCGAUCAUCGUGUUGUCCGCGAAGGCGGCCGUGAAUUGUGAUUCCAGAAUUAUUCUGGAUUUUUGGAGAGUCUGAAACCAGCUGAGUCGUUAAUAGAGAUUAUAUAUUUACCAUUUAACUUAUUAAAUUGUUGUUAUUUUUUAUGUCAUUAUUAUAACCACAUUAGUUUCUACGCAUGCCUGUGCGUAGAAAUUGGUGUAGUAAUUGACAAUUUUUAUUACCGAUUAGCAUGUAAAUAGUAAAAUUCAACCCAACGGCAGCCUGCAGGCGAUCGAGCAAUGAGUGACGAUGACAUUAUUGACAGCACAACAUACAAUAAUUCUGUAAAUAUUACUGUUGUCAUCGUCAAGUGACUCGUUAGUCGUUAACUUGUAUCUUCUCGUCUCUCGAUUUUUCGACGUAGUCUGACAUCCGACACGACCGACACUCCGCAACGUCGGCGUUACAGCCGUUUUUGUAAUAUGUGCUGUGCAGUAACCCGAUAAAUUUAUCGCCGGAUGCCGCCAUCCGGUCUCCGACGACGUCAAACUUGAAAAUAUGUGAUGUCGCAUUGUCGAGUUGGGCGAAUGCCAGAUUAAUGUUAAUCAAGACUGAACAAAAAUGUAUGAAUAUUGAAAUAAAUUUAGUCAUGGCAAUUAAAUACAAUGUUUCCAGAGUUGUAUUUUAUGUCAAAAACUCAAUUCAAUACUUUUUAAUCUAGUCCUUAUAAAUAAUAUACAAUUAAUACAAUAUAAGUUAUCCAUCUACAUAGUUAUGUGAUUUAUAAAAAUGCCCAGAAGACCAUUGACAGAUGAACAACGAGAACAAUCUAGAAAACGUCGAUUAGAACGUGAUCGUGAACGACAACGAAAAAGACGUUUAGAUCCAGAGUUGAGAGCAAUUGAACGAGGAAAAAACACAAUUGCUAAAAGAUUAUCUAGAUCUAAAGUGCUUAAUGGUGAUAACAUUAAUAAAUUAUAUUCAGAAGCUAAUAUUGAUUGUAGUAGAAUGACAUCAAUGUUAGAUAACGAAGAUAUUAUAGGUUUAAAAGAUCUCAAUCGAUUAAAAAAAGAAAGAGAUAAAGAAAGACAACGUCAAAGAAGAAUGGAUCCUGAAUUCCGUGCUAAAGAACGUGCAAGAAAUAGAAUAUUGAAAAGAAUUGCUCGACAAAAAAGUUAUUAUACUUUGGAGGUAGUAAAUUGUGAAUGCUGUGGAGAACCAAUAGAAAGUGACCAUGUAUGUUUUUCCAACAUAUUAUCAGUUGAACUCCACGAAAUUGAUAUUUCCCAUAGUACUAUAAAAAAGUUAUGAAUGAUGAUUAUCUUUUUUUUAUUUUAUCAAUAUUUAAAAUUUUAUUUUCUCACAAUUUUUUUCAAAUUUUCUCAAACAUCUUAAUUUGAAAGUUGAAUCAUACUAAAAUUACCAUUUUGUUUUAUGUUUUUGUUUUUAUCUUGUCUGAAUAACUAUUUAGUAUGUAUUAUACAAUUAAGUGUGUAUUAAGUUUAAAUGAAACAUUAUGUGAUAUCACACGAAAACCUCACAUUAUAUUUUACAAUUAAUAGUUAAUUGUAUCUGAAUGUGUGUUAUAAAUAGAUCAACUUUAAAUGUUUUUGUUAACAGUACACCAUACGUAACUGUUAACUAGAAAUUGUAACUAGAAAUUUGGACGUUAAUAACUUAAAAUUAAAAUUAUUAUUAUUAAAAUUAAAUAUGCUUAAACAGCUUAACACGUUGACUUUGUUUUGAUGCAUAUUGACAUCCAUAGAGUUGUUCAUUGACACAUUCAACUACACCAUUUGGCGUCAAACAUACAUAAUGUGAUGUAAAUUGUUAAUUAUUUUGUAUGUGUAGCUGAAAUGUAUAUGAUCAUUGCCUAGCAUAAUUAAAUUGAUAUUUAUAAAUAUGAAUUCAUGAUAUUAUGCGGUUCAAAACUACAACCAUUAAACGUUAUAGGCGCAAACAUGUUAAAUAUUUUGUUUAAAUUUCUAUAGAAAUAAAAUUUCAUACAUAAAAAGGUUCUUCUAAAUUGAAAGUAUUAAUAUUCAUCAAAAGUAAAACAAUAUCUGUAGAUAUUCCUAAUUUAAAAUAUUUUUUGAUUAUCAUAUUAUAUUCAUAUUUGAGUAUACUUAUUUCGUUAUGAUGAAAAAAUUGCAGUUUAAAAAAAAACUUUGUAAACAAAAAAUCAAAAUAUAAAUGUAUAAUUUGAAUGUACUUAUUAUUUAAUGCUUAUAGAGAUKCUAACAAAUACUAAUAGUUUAAUUUUACCGGCCAAAUUUUAUAACAAGGUACACAACACCAAUUGGUAUUAUUCACCAUAUGUAAAUGAUGUUAAAUGAAGCCAUUUGGUGUCAUCUACAGUACACAUGUUAAGAAAAACAUGACUUGGAUUUAUAAUUUAUUUUCAAAUGUUACUUAAUGAUUUUUAUUUUAAAUUAAAUAAUCUAUAAAACACUAUUUUUAAUAUAUCAUUAUUACUUUAAAUAUAAUGUCCAAAUUCUAGAUAAUAUAUCGAAAUUAUUACAUAUAUAACUAUUUCA